AGAAAGACGUCCCUGGCCUUGGGGGCUCGUUCUUGAGGGGACUAGCGUGAUGAGGAUGAGCAGGGCAUCUUUGAAAUGGGGGCCUUCUCCAGAGGAAGAGGCGAACCCAUUGGGCAUUUCAAACCAUGAUUCUCUGAGCCACCUGUGCGAUUCGGGAUCCAGCCUCCCCGCACCAGCCCCAGUCCAGCCUUACUUCUCGUUUGCCAAAAACUGGAGAAACCAUCCAUGGACAUAAAUUUUUUAUUGGCUUUGGAGGGAAAGGUGCCAACCAGUGUGUCCAGGCUGCCAGGCUUGGAGCAAAGACAUCCAUGGUAUGCAAGGUUGGCAAAGAUUCUUUUGGCGAUGAUUAUAUAGAAAACUUAAAACAGAAUGAUAUUUCUACAGAAUUUACAUAUCAGACUAAAGAUGCUGCUACUGGAGCUGCUUCUAUAAUUGUCAAUAAUGAAGGCCAGAAUAUCAUCGUCAUUGUGGCUGGAGCAAAUUUACUUUUGAAUACUGAAGACCUGAGAGAGGCAGGCAGUGUCAUUAGCAGAGCCAAAGUAAUGAUCUGCCAGCUAGAAAUAACUCCAACAACUUCUUUGGAAGCCCUGAAAAUGGCUCACAGCAAUGGAGUAAGAACAUUGUUCAAUCCAGCUCCUGCCAUUGCUGACCUGGAUCCCCAAUUCUAUACCCUCUCAGACGUGUUCUGCUGCAAUGAAAGCGAGGCUGAAAUCUUAACCGGCCUCACAGUGAGCAGCCGGGCAGAAGCUGGGGAAGCCACCCUAGUGCUGCUGGCGAGGGGCUGCCAGGUCGUAAUCAUCACCUUGGGAGCUGACGGCUGUGUGACGGCGUCACAGACAGAGCCUGCUCCAAAGCACAUUCCCACAGAGAAAGUCAAGGCUGUGGACACCACGGGUGCUGGUGACAGUUUUGUGGGAGCCUUAGCCUUCUACCUGGCUUACUACCCAAGUCUGUCCUUGGAAGAAAUGCUCAAGAGAUCCAAUUUCAUCGCAGCAGUGAGCAUCCGGACCGCAGGAACACAGUCAUCCUAUCCAUACAAAAAAGACCUUCCACUCACUCUGUUUUGAGUGCUGUUAACCCCCAGAUAAAUAUACCUGGAAAUAAAAUGUACUUGUGGGUGGCCAAUCUUAGCAAACACUUACUAGAAAAUCUUUUUUUCUUUGCAAGUAUUAUGUCCAUUUACUAAAUCAUCUUCAAGCUUUCAUUUUUGAGUAACAAUCCUUUUUGCUGUCCAUGCAUUCACACAAGGCAACUAGAAUUAGAUUCCACAACCCAGGUCUGUGCAAACAUUACCACUCUUCAGGGCCAGCAGAUUGUUAAUGUUAUGUGCACCACACAUCAGGGGUGGUGAGCACCAGUGUCCAGCACCAGAAGAGAGAACGUCCAGGAGAGCGAAGGGGCCUAGGACCGAUCUCCCAAGCACCUUCUGGGAGAGGCGUCUGAUACUCUUGAGCUUAAGACUGUCCAAGUAUCUCUUGUUGCUUCGCUGCCUUCGGGCUGCCAUGAACUGUUGCACCUCUGCCACCCUGCCUUGGAGCCAGCCAAUUAUGGACAAAACCUCUAUGAACUGGAAGCUAAAUAAACUGCUUUCCCUCUAA